UGAGCUCCGGGCUGCUUUCGUUUGGCGGAGAAGAUGGCGGCUCCGGGACCGGGGGAGUAUUUCAGCAUCGGGAGCCAUGUCGCCUGCCUCACCUGCCUGGGACAGCGCUUACAGGGAGAGGUCGUGGCUUUCGAUUAUCAGACCAAGAUGCUGACUCUGAAAUGCCCCUCAUCUAGUGGGAAGUCCCAUCUUAACGACGUCAUCCUGGUUAAUUUAGCCUACGUGUCUAAAGUGGACACCAUCAAUGAGCGCAGCGAGACUCCGCCCCCUUUAGCGUCUCUCAAUUUCAGCAAGCUGGCCAGCAGAGCUCGGGCGGAAAAAGAAGACAAGUUGUCUCAGGCGUACGCGGUCAGCGCCGGAGUCUCAGUGGAGGGCCAGCAGCUGUUCCAGACCAUUCACAAAACCAUCAAAGACUGUAAGUGGCAGGAGAAGAACAUCGUGGUGAUGGACGAUGUGGUCAUCACGCCGCCGUACCGAGCUGACAACUGCAGAGGCAAAGAGGGCAGUGCGUUAGGACACGUACGCAAGAUAGUGGAGAAACACUUCCGUGACAUGGACCAGAAGUCUGUGCAGCGCUCACAAGCACAGCAAACACAGAAGGACUCGGUCUUGGCGUGAGCACCGCCAACACUGCAUUAUUAUUUUUUUCUUUUUGUUCGUUUUGGGGUUUUAUUUUGUAAUCUGCCUCGAGGCUGAGGCCGAGCUCGAGGUAACCACCUCCUUCGUCUUCGCCGGCACGAGCGAUCUACACGGAGAACAACAACAAAAAAAAAAACGGCCAAAUCAACAGAAUAGAAGAAUAGUUUUAGAAAAUAUUUAAAUUAACGACAGAUUUUUUUGUUUUGUUUUCUUUUAAAUAAAUCUUCCCCACAUUCACAAAAUUGCCAAGAAGACUGAACACCAGGAGAACAUCAGGCUCUCGGUUCAUUUUUUUUUAAAUUUUUUGGUGACUUGAAAGGUACUGGAGAGAAGAAGGCUGAAAGACUUCACCAUUACUGGUGUCGAAAAUUGCGUUUUUUAAAUAUUAUUUUUAUUAUUAUUAUUAUUAUUAUUGAAAUGAUGCAAGCGAGAUUUCCAGUGCGUGCAUUCACACUGUAGUGACCCCGGGCUUUAUUUCAACCUUCCUCCGAUUUCUUUUUAGUGUAGAAGCCGAACAAACAUCUGGCAUAAAGGAUGCAAGGUCGUUCACAGCAGUCGAGAGCCGCCGCUCCGCCGUAGCGCGAGGUCAGAUGUGUGUAGAGAGCCGAAACAGUCAUGCAUGAAGUUUGUUCAUCUUCGCAGGCGAUCUGUAGGUUAGAUAGAACGGCAGAAUUGAGCUAGCCGCAAACUGCUUGUGUAACCAUGGCAACCGGCAGUGAAGUUAAGAUGGUGCCGCCCACUGGUGCUCCACGCACUUCAGCGACGAUAAACACACACGGGUUUCAGUCAUGCCGAUUCUUUUUCCGCAGUGUGAAUGUACCACCUGACCGUGUUGUCCAAUCAGAGCCCAGUUUCUGAACCUCAUCAUCAUGAUCAUCCUGAAGGAAAUCUCCCCCCUGAAAAUAUCUGCUGAUCGGCUGGCUGCUGCUGUAUAAAGCCAACAGUUGUGUGUGGCUCAGAUGUCACAGGGGGCAUGUCGUUAUAUCUAACCCGGCUACCAUGACGUUUAAUAGAAGAAAAGAUCUCGAGAAGAAGGGAUGAAGAUCACGUUUAGCUCCUAAAUGCACAGGAAAACCAACGAGAGCACUUCUCUAGCUCACCGUUUUUCAGCAGAUUACAUGAAAUCCAGUGCAGAAGUAGUGGAGAUGUUCAUGCAAACGCUGGACUCGGAGUCCCAGGAUGCACUGCAACUAUACGGCGCAGCCGAGACUGCGAGAUGAUGAGGGAGAUGGAGUCGAUGGUGUUAUUGGUGUGAAAGGCAUUGUGGGUAAUUUAGGAAAACCAAUAAUGAGAGUUUAAAGAUCAUAUCCUGUGAAAGAAGUCUGAAGUAAAAAGUCCAGCUCAUGUGGUGUCAGUCAGGGUGGAGUUUUCUCUUCAUCAUCUUCAUCAUUGUGUUGUGAUCAUUUUGGAAAACUCCGCCUCAGAGAGAGACGGCACUCGAUCCCACUUGGGCUUCGGAACCUUUGCAGAUCAGGUCGGACUUCAUCCUGUCGUUUCUCAAACCAACCAACGCUCAGUACCUGGCCCAGGUGUGUCAGGAGUUUGUGGGCAUGUCCACACCUUUUUCUUCUUCUUCUUCCUUUUUUUUUUUUAACCUCCAAUAUCUGGUGCUGGACACGGGUCAUCUCUUGUGUUUGGGCUGCUUGAAACAAAGGAGCGGAAAUCCAAGUUUACGUGUGAAAACUCUAAACUGGCAGCGAACUCGGCCGGUGGAGAAACGCUAAACUCCGCGAGGAGCCUCCUCCAUCUUGAUAAGAACUUUUAUUAUUAUUAUUAUUAUUAUUAUUAUUAUUAUUAUAGUUUUUUUCUAACACCUCAUUGUGAACGAAGGCUGUGUCUCUUCACUCCUGUCCAGCAGAAAGCCUCAGUGAUGCAUUUUAACAGCAGUGUUCAUGCAGGACCCUCGUGUGGUCACUCGUUCAGAUGUGGGAAGGAAUUUUUUACAUUUUUUUUUUUGCAGUUAUGUUCUCACCUCCCAAGACUGUGAACUGGAAAUUCUUCAUAACCUCUUUCAGAAAAAAGUCAAAUGUGACA